GCCCCGCCCCCAGGCCACGUGGGCGCCCAGCGCCACGCUUUCUGCAGUUUAAGAGAGGUUUUGUUUGGAGAGCCGAGUGGGUUGCGGUUUGGAUCUUGGAGCUUGGCUGGCCUCUCCUUGGUGGCCGCGUCUCCACCCUAUUCCCGCCCCAGGUCGGCUCGGUUCCCAGCCGGGCUCCAGGCGCCAUGGCUUCCCGCGGGAGGAAGCGGAAGGCCGAGGCGGCGCUGGCCGCAGCGGCCGAGAAGCGGGAGAAGCCGGCUAGCAGCCAGAAGGGAGUGGAGGAGGCGAGCGUCGUUAUCGAGCAUUGCAUGAGCUGACGCGUCUACGGGCGCAACGCCGCGGCCCUGAGCCAGGCGCUGCGCCUGGAGGCCCCGGAGCUUCCAGUGAAGGUGAACCCUACCAAGCCCCGGAGGGGCAGCUUCGAGGUGACACUGCUGCGACCCGACGGCAGCAGUACGGAGCUCUGGACUGGGAUUAAGAAGGGGCCCCCACGCAAACUCAAGUUCCCUGAGCCUCAAGAGGUGGUGAAGGAGCUGAAGAAGUACCUUUCGUAGGGAGGUUUGGGCAGACGUCCUCACGCUGAGCCUCUGUCCCUGGUGAUGUUGGAGCAUUUAUGACGGGACAUGGCCAAACUUCAGUCAUGUGCCUGAAGCUGUGGUUUCUUCUCCUGCAGAAACGGUGGUUCAGUUGUGAGGCAAUCCUCUAGUAAAGGCACUGAAAAGUUCUUGGAUUGGUUUAAUAAAAAUCAAAGUAUUUGAGUUUGAUAUAA